AUGGAGCAGAUCCCGGAGGAGGAGAGGUCCGGGGGGCCAGGGCCUGAAACCGGAUCGGAGACCGGGCCUCAGCCGGAGUCCGGCUCCGAGCAGGGGCCCGAAGAAUCCGAGUCCCAGCCUGGCCCGGCCUGCCUCGCCUGGAGCCCCCUGGAGGUGGCUGAGUGGGUUCGGCAGCUGGGCUUCCCUCAGUACGAGGAGUGCUUUACAACUAACUGCAUCACUGGCCGCAAACUCAUCCACGUUAACUGCUCAAACCUGCCACAGAUGGGCAUAACGGACUUUGACCACAUGAAGGACAACUAGAAUCUGCCCAAGACCUGAUGUUUGGAUGGAUGUGGUACACAGAAUGCAACAAUAUUUUUCUCACAAGGACUGGGCACACUGUUUUGGCUGCAGUAAGAAUCUUCCCGAAGCUUUAUGUAAAACUCAAGAUGAACCCUGACCCCAAACCUUUUAUGAAGUUCAGAAAAGUUGUAUUUUAAAAGAAAAAUUAUUUCCAUGCCUUUAUGCCCAUCUGGUUUCCAUCUAGGACCUGAGGCAGAAGGGCCACAAAGGAGAAAGAAAGCCUGCUGCGGCAGUACUUCCUGUAUGUGCACAAGUAGGAAACAACAGAAAUCUUGCCCAAACACUUGUUUGUUUGACAAUUACAACCCAGCUUUGGAGACAUAGUGAUUCUUCACUGCAUUGCACCAGUUUUGUGUGGUGUAAUUCUUCUGAAGUCAAUGGAAGUUCACUAAUGUAAAAGUGGUGUAAGAGUGGAGAAGCAGGGUCAGGAAGUUUGGAUCUGUACCUGCAUUUCUGGGUGUUCAGUCAAACCUCCAGUGUUUUGCCCACUUAUGUCCUACCACUUAAUAAAGAGAUGUGUAUAUGGGGGGGAAAUGAUCUACAAAAUCCCAUUUUUUAAAAUCAACAAACUAGUCUUCACUAAUUAAAACUGUACAAAAAUCCCCAUCUAAAGGAUCCCAAAAUCAGCUAAUAAGGAAGGACCAGAAGGAAUUUUUACUUGCUGCAUUGUGGAUGGACAGAGGCUUCCCCUUAUGCAGCCUCACAUGAAAUGUUCCAUGGUUCAAGGUAGGGUCCAUAUAGCUCCCAAAUGGUCAGAGCCUUUCUAGAGGGUUCUGAGCUUAUAUGGAGUGCGUAGGCACGGCCCAACGGUAGGAAUGUGUACUGAUAAUACUCAAAAGAGAACUUUGAGAGCUUUGAAUGGAAGGCAUCAGAGAACUGCAAAUUGAUGUUAAAGAUUUUCAGCCUCCCUAAUGAGAUACUGUUUGUGACAAAUACUAUAGAAACUGACAGAAGCAUGGAAUAUUCAAACACUACUGUAUUAAUGUUAUAUGUAUCUUCAUGGGCUUGCUAGUGAUUGUAUUCCUGGCUAAAUGGGUCAGACAAGGAAUGCUUCCUGCAGGAACUAAAAUCUCUGGCCAGGGAGGGGAUGAAAUUAAUUCUACUCCCCAAUACCGGAACAAGUCUUUUGAAGUUUCACAGUCUCCUCACUGUGCCCUCCUCCCCCCAAUAACACAGAUUGGUUUGACCUGGUUCAAAAGGCCUAAAACAACAAAGGACUUGAAACUGUAUAAAAUAUAAACUCUGGCCUAAAGAGAGGAUCACUCACAUGCUAUCCAAGAAUUGACAGGCAUGUUGACUGUGCCCAAGAGUGACAGGUUCUGCUGUGGACCUGGAGUGGAAGUGGAAGGUAGAUGACCACUUGCUAAGCCAGGCAUGCAUAUAAACUGCUUGUUGUUGACUUUUUCUGAAACACUUUUUUUCUGAAUAAAUGGUACAUUGUUUU